AUUUACAUUUAGGUCCGCGGGAUCACUGCAAUCCCAAUAGUGCGGACAGGAGCAGGCACCAGGAAUAUUGCUACGAGAGAACUAUUGCCCAUCAUUUAUAGCUUCUUCACUGAUCUUUUGCUGUUGAAAUUGCUUGUGACAUAUUUUCAAUCCUUUUGUCCGGCGUGUUAAUUGAUAGAUUUGCACAACUGACGAGAGCACUGAAGGGUAGAGCUGGCUCCAAUUGCUCCAAAAAUCUUUCCGUCUGUUUCACGGACGUUCCCGCUUCUGCUAUCGUUUCGAGUUGGUGUCUUGACGUGAUUUUUGUCUCACUGCGAGAGCCAUGAGUUCCUCCAUGAAGACUACGAACUUAGGUCAGAGGAUGGGCGACAACAGAAGUUUUGAUCUCAUCCAAAAUCGGAUUGAAUCUUUAAGUGGAAAGAUGGACAAGCUCAUCAACCUUCAAGAGAAGGUCCUUAUUCGGCUAGAUGCCAAGUCCGAUGUGACUGACAAGGAAGAGACGGAGAAUGUCAAGAGCCUCGUCUCAAGUGUGGAAGUCAAUCAGUCGCAGGGACAGGACGUCAAGAAGAUAUACCAGGAAAUGAGCACCAUCAUGUCGGUGGUCAACCAGCGGUCUGAGAUUCAGACGCAGAAGCUGGAGGGGAUGGAGAAACUGGUCCUCAGCAUGCAGCAGGUGAUCAGCUUCAUCGGCGAGACGAUCAAGAGCUCCAGGCUUAUGGAACUCAUGUUCAAAGGUCCGGCUGACAGCAAGGCUAACAAAGUCUCAAAGAGGAAAUCAUCUGACAAUGUUAAAAAGCCAGACAAGAAAACUACCUCUAACACAGCCCUAAAAGAGAAUGAAGAGGUCUCACUGUCAUCUAACACAUCAGAGCACGAUGGAUCAGAGCAUUUCCCCGCCCCUCGCAAUUAUGGAACCUUUUUGAAGAACCAGAAUAAAGACGGCGCAGAAAAGCCUUGUUUGAGCCUCAAAGCUCCAAAGACGAUGAAACCCCCAGACACUGAAGACACCUCGUUGCAGAAGCAAGUGCAGUUUCAAAAAGACGUUCUGAAACUCAACAAUGAGAAUGCAGAGAAGUCACCUCAGCAGUUUGCCAUGUUUUGGAAUCUGGAAGCUGAUGUUCCCGCCGCAGACCCCGACAGCGGCGACGAUGUGGAAGUUACCGAGGAGGUCGUUGAAGUGGAGGAGAUAGUGGAGAUCGUCGAAGAGCUAGAGGAGGAGGAAGCACUGAAGGGAGAAGAAGUGGUGGAAGAAGUGGUGGACGAGGUGGUGGAAGAGCUGGAAGUGGUAGAGGAAUUUACUGUAGAAGAUUCGCAAAAUUCUGAAUCGGACAACAACGAACAAAUAAAUUCAAGUGACGAAUGCGAAGACACCUUCCUGGACGCCAAGAUGGAGCUCAGUGUCGGCAGCGGCUCCUUUGAGACCGAAGAACUUGUUGUGGUGGCGGAAUACACCGAGGUCCUGGAAGUUGACGAGGUGGAGGAUGAAAAGGAGGACAAGAAUGAGGACAAGCAGAAGCCGCAGGAACAGAACCAGAACCAGGCUGGGCUUGAGUCCCAGUUUGAUCUGAAAGAAACAUUGGCGCCAGAGAGGGAUGAAAACAAAGCCGAGCCUGAGGAUGAAAAUGAGCCUGAGGAUCAACCCAAAUACUUGAUUGACACCGCUCCUCCCCCGCCAGCGCCGUUUAAUCACCGCAUCGUGUCGGCCAAGCCCAACCAGAUCGGCAACUUCUACACCAUCAACUGGCAGGAAGUCCUGGGAGGGGGUCGUUUUGGCCAAGUGCACAAAUGUGUUGAAAACUCAUCCGGUCUGACGUUGGCAGCCAAGGUCAUCAAGGCCAGAUCUCAGAAAGAAAAGGAAGUGGUGAAGAACGAAAUCCAGGUUAUGAACAAUCUGGACCACGCCAACCUGAUCCAACUCUACGCAGCGUAUGAGUCCAGGAAUGACAUCAUCCUCGUGCUGGAAUACGUGGGCGGAGGCGAGCUGUUUGACAGGAUAAUCGAUGAAAACUACACGUUAAUGGAGCUGGAUGCCGUGGUGUUCAUCAGGCAGAUCUGUGAGGGCCUGCAGCAUAUGCACAAGAUGUACAUCCUCCAUUUGGACUUGAAGCCGGAAAACAUCUUGUGUGUAAGCAGGGUGACCAAUAAAAUUAAGAUCAUCGACUUUGGCCUCGCGAGGACAUACAAACCCAGGGAGAAGUUGCGAGUCAAUUUCGGUACGCCGGAGUUCUUGGCCCCGGAAGUCAUCAACUACGACUUUGUGUCGUUUAACACGGACAUGUGGAGCCUUGGCGUCAUCACGUACAUGCUUCUGAGCGGCCUCUGUCCUUUCCUGGGCGACGACGACAACGAGACGCUCAACAACAUUUUGGCCUGCCAGUGGAAUUUUGAAGAGCAAGAAUUUGUGGACACGACUGAAGAGGCCAAAGAGUUCAUCACUAGGCUCCUCGUCGUCAAUAAAACCUGGAGGAUGGGAGCGUCCGAGGCCCUGAGACACCCUUGGCUGUCUGAUUCUGCCCUUCAUCAUAAACUUAAUACCAAGAAAACUAUGUGCCGAUCUCGCCGGUCAUCAUGUGUGCCCCCAACAGACAGUUGAGGGCACCACGAUGGCUCCAAGCUGUGGCCACUCCGGACCAAGCUACCCGUCCCCUCAUACAACACCACUUUGAAAUGAGUGAAAUUGUAAUAUACAUAAAAA